AUGCCGACGGCAAAGGUGUCUGCGAAUGUGGCGGCGGUGACGGUCGCCACGUACCGCACGAACAUAGUGGCGGUCCUCCUGAUAAAGAGGAUCGGGCAGCAUGUUCCCAUCGCCGUCAACAACUUCGGCUUCAGGGAAUGGAAUGACGUUCGCUCGAGAGAUGCGUCCAUAAGUGAAAUCGGGAACGCCCCCAGUCAGAAUGUUGUGCAAAUUCCGGAGAGCCUCGUCCGUGAACUGGUCCUGGUCGCGGCUUUGGAGGCUAUCGACCUUGUACGGCUCGUCUGGUGGCUGGUCCAGCUCGUUUAG